UGCCCCUUGCCAGGGCCGGCACAGAGCGAGACCCAAGUGGUUGCAGAGCGGCAGAGUACCCGCCCACGAGCCGGCAUGACGGAGAUCUACAGCAAGACAGAGACCUUGGAGCUGCGGAGGAAGCACAUCGGGCCAUCGUGCAAGGUCUUCUUUGCCAAGGAUCCCAUUAAGAUUGUGCAUGCUCGUGGACAGUAUAUGUUUGAUGAGAAUGGAGAAAAAUACUUGGACUGCAUUAACAAUGUGGCGCAUGUCGGACACAGCCAUCCAGAUGUGAUCAAGGCUGCAGUGAAACAGAUGGAGCUGCUCAACACUAAUUCUCGAUUCCUGCAUGACAACCUGGUCCAGUAUGCUAAACGCCUGACUGCAACCCUACCAGAGGCACUCUCCGUUUGCUACUUUGUGAAUUCUGGGUCUGAAGCUAAUGACCUUGCUUUGCGCCUGGCUCGGCAGUACAGCGGCCACCAAGAUGUGAUUACCCUUGAUCAUGCUUAUCAUGGCCAUGUGACCUCCUUGAUAGACAUCAGUCCGUACAAAUUUAAUCAACUGGGGAAAGAAGGCAAAAAGGAGUUUGUACACGUGGCUCCUUCUCCAGAUAUCUAUAGAGGAAAGUUCAGGGAGGACCAUCCAGAUCCGGCAAGUGCUUAUGCUGAUGAUGUGAAAAAAAUUAUUGAAGAGGCUCAUAAGAACGGCCGCAAGAUUGCUGCCUUUAUUGCUGAAUCCAUGCAGAGUUGUGGAGGCCAAGUAAUUCCACCUGCAGGCUACUUCCAGAAAGUGGCAGAAUCUGUCCACAAAGCAGGUGGUGUUUUCAUAGCUGAUGAAGUGCAGGUUGGUUUUGGUCGAGUUGGGAAACACUUCUGGGGAUUCCAGCUUCAGGGUGAAGACUUUGUGCCUGACAUUGUCACCAUGGGAAAGCCAAUUGGCAAUGGCCAUCCAAUGUCUUGUGUAGUUACGACGAGAGAGAUUGCUGAAGCCUUUGGUGCCUCUGGACUAGAGUAUUUCAAUACUUUUGGAGGUAACCCAGUAUCCUGUGCAAUUGGUCUGACUGUGCUAGAUAUUAUAGAGAAAGAAGAUCUCCAAGGCAAUGCCAUAUGUGUUGGAAACUACCUCACUGAGUUACUGGAGGAGCAAAAGGAAAAACAUCCACUGGUGGGAGAUGUCAGAGGUGUUGGUUUGUUCAUUGGAGUGGAUCUAGUGAAGGACCGACAGAAGAAAACGCCUGCCACUGCUGAAGCCCAGCAUAUAAUCUACAAGCUGAAAGAACGAAGGAUUCUACUAAGUGCGGAUGGACCUUAUAGAAACAUCUUGAAAUUUAAGCCACCCAUGUGCUUCAGUAUGGAAGAUGCAAAGUUUGUUGUUGAUCAAAUUGAUGAGCUCCUCACAGAUUUGGAAGAAGCAAUUGGAAUCAGAACUAGAAAUGGACUUUCUACAAGUGUUCAGUGUAAAAGAAAAAUGCCUACUGAUGGGAGCUCCCAAUUGGAGUGCAUCAGUGAAAAUUUCAGCCAUAUCAAUGGAAGCGCCUGCAGACAAGAAAAUGGAUUUGGUGCUGAAAAUCACACAGUGCCUUGCAAAAGGAUCAGGACAUGAAGGAUUCAAGUUUUCUGUAAAUAAGAACAACAGUGUAUGGGUUGGGUGUUCUUAAGGGUGAGUGGAAGUGUGCAAUAGUUAUGAAUGUCUUUAACAAUACUCUUGACCACAUGUCUAGCUAAAGAGAUCUGUGAUGCUUCUAGGAGCAUGUCACUUGCUGGAUUAGAAACUAAGUGCAUGGCAGCUGCACAUCCAAAUAUGCAUCAGUGUGUGGAUUUCACUUAUCUUUUAAUGGAGUGCACAUUCCUAUCAACUUUUUCUGGCAGAACAGGUUGUAUGUAAAUAUAUUGCAUAGUUAGAGCUGGGGGUGUGUGGACAUCGCACAAUUAAGUCCAGAAGAUUAAAUAUAAUGUACAUGUACCAGAGAAGCUUUCACUAGACUAAAUGACUGGACCAGGGGUAUAUGAAUUUAAAAUCUGAUGAAGUUAACAUGUGGUUUAAUUUUGGAGCACUGUGUUUUGCAGCCAUAAUAGAAAGAUAGUAUUUAAUCCUUUGUUUGAAGUGUCUCUGAUCUGACUUCUUCUGUUUGAAAUUUCAAUUUUCAGUAUUGAGAUAUUAAUAAUUUCCCAUGUUUUAAUGGCUGAUGUAAUAUACUGUUCCACACUCUGAUGGGUCAAUUUAAAAAUCUGAGUAAUGUCUAGCCUUUAGAAGUCUCAAAUUCAAAUCUAGAACAGAUAAAAUCAAUUGACUGGGAACCUGCAAAAACCAGCUGUCCGACGAAGAAAGGAGAUUUUGAUGUUCUAAGCAGUCUCUGUGCUACUAAGAAACAAAAAAAAUGGCUUGCCCUUGAACUUAGCAGAACCAAAGAAACACCUAUCAUAUAGUAAAAGGUAAAGUGUUCCCUCGAGUCAGUGUCUGCUCCUGGCAACCACAGAGCCCUGUGGUUGUCUUUGGUAGAAUACAAGUAAACUCCCCAAUAUCAUAAUGUGAAAUAUAAAACAUAGUGUGAUAUUUGAAUGCUCUUCCAUAUGGUAGGUGGCUUCUCACUAAAUGCACAAAAGUAUUAUGAAUAGGUGUCAGUUCUGAAUUGCAUUAUUUCAAAAGUAUCAUCCUUUAUAAAGAGAGCACCACCAAGCCUCUGAGAGCAAGAUGAAGGCUUUGACCAUACAUUUGGUUUAAUAAGAAAGACAUGGAUUCUGAUCCACCAUGUUCCAUGCACAUGGAACAACCUCUGUGCAUCCAUCCCUCUUUAAAAGAAAAAGAAAGAAAGGUGUGCCACCAAUCAGCUUUUUGGAAAGGGGUGGGAUGAAUACAAUCCCCCUCUUCUUCUUUCUCAGGAAAGGGAAGAAAUGGACUGCAUGCACACAGGUCUGGCUGUUGGCUGGGCCUAGGGCACACACAGCUCCCAUUUGUACGUGACCUCCUUAUCCAGUCAGAGAUAUGUGCACUGAGGUAAACUGUGUUACAUUCAGUGUUGGAAGUUUUUAUUAUUAAUUGUAUGAUACAACUUAAAACUUUAUUAACUGUAUAUCAUGACUGAUUUUUUUUUUUUAACUGUUAUAUUUAGUUUAGCCUUCUGGUUUCAUACAUUUUUGUCAAUUGUUAUCUGCCUUCUUUGUGGCUCUGAUAGCACACCCGUUAUUUUCCAGUGACUAGUACUCCUUGUUUAUUUGAAAGAAUAAAACUAUUUUUAACCUCA